AAAAGCUCUGCCGCAGCCCUGGGAACUGCGCUGCUGGGAUCCGGUUACCUCUGGGUAGGUGGCUGGGUGAAGCAGUUCUUUCUGGUAGCUUCGGGUCGCCUAGCGCCUCAGGAAGCGCCAGCCCUUUUUUUCCCUGCAGGGCGACGGGACUGAAAGGCAGACUCUGUAGCUGAAGACGUCGCAACAGCUGCUGUCCACCAGCGGAUCGCAGUAGCGGCCCAUCAAAGCGGAAAUCUGAACUUGAAUUCGGUGCAGCUGAUUGUUAGAGCUGGUCUUGAAAUCCUGAGCACCAGGAUCUGCGACACCCUGUGGACUGAGAUCUACGUACUCUGAAGGCGAGCUUUCUCACGGGAGGACACAGGUUGCAGAGGCUGGAAAUAAAGACUUACUCCAGUUUCCUAGCUAGUCCCCUGCUGAGAUUGGAGACUACUGCGUGACUGAAGAGAAAGCAAUUUUUUUUUUUCUAAAACGCCCUGAGCAUCUUGUAUUAAGAUAUCCUAUUGCCAUUGUCAGGCAUGGCUAGCAUCCUUGCACGUAUGGGUAACAGCCGGGGGCAGAACUCACCCUUGCCACCUUGGGCUCAUUCCAUGCUGAGGUCCCUGGGGAGGAGUCUUGGUCCUUUAAUGGCCAACAUGGCAGAUAGAAACAUGAGGUUGUUCUCUGGGAGGGCAGAACCAGCCCAGGGGGAAGAAACCUUUGAAAACUGGCUGAGCCAGGUCACUGGGGUCCUGCCUGAGUGGCAUAUGCCUGAGGAGGAAAAGGUCAGGCGUCUAAUGAGAACCCUUAGGGGCCCUGCCCGGGAGGUCAUGCGUUUGCUCCAUGCUGCCAAUCCCACCCUAAAUGUGGCAGAAUUUUUGCGGGCAAUGAAACUGGUCUUUGGGGAGUCUGAGAGCAGUGUGGCAGCCCAUGGUAAAUUUUAUAACACUGUGCAGACCCCUGGAGAGAAACCAUCGCUGUAUGUGAUCCGUUUAGAGGUGCAGCUGCAGAAUGCCAUCCAGGCAGGGGUCUUUGCCGAGAGAGAGGCAAACAAGGCUCGCCUGCAUCAGCUCCUUGUUGGAGCUGAGCUGAGUAGAGACCUUCGAUUCCGGCUUAAGGGGCUUCUCAGAAUGUAUGGAAAUGAGCCAGAGCACCUUCCCGAUUUCCUGGAGUUGAUCAGGAUGAUAAGGGAGGAGGAGGAUUGGGAUGACACUUUCAAUCAGCGAAAGCGGCCCAGAAGAUCUGAGUCAAUGAUGGAGGGGGUGUUCAGUCCUAUGGCAUUUCAGGGCUCCCCACCAAUCAUGGUCAGCAGUACUGACUGCAACGUGAUAGAGAUAGAUGACUCUCCGGAUGACUCAGAUGAGGAUGUGAUCUUGGUGGAGUCCGAGGACCCACCACUGCCAUCCACUAGUGCCCCUCCCUUCCUAGGCAGGGCUAUAUCCGAGGACCAAGUGCUGGUCAUUGAGUCCCCCAACAUUUCUGAGAUUCAGGCUCCUUCCACCAGCAGCGGUGCUGGGCGUAAGAACAAUAGUUUGGGGGAGCUGCGUAGAACCAGGAAGCGAAAGCUCUCAGUCAACUGCGCCCAUUGUGGUGAGGAUGGUCACUCCAAAGAAACCUGUGACAAUGAGACCGAUAAGACGGAGGUUUUUGAGAAUCUGAUCAUCACCCUACAGGAGCUGACUCAUUCAGAGGAGGAGAGGGCAAGAGAGGCCUUUGGGGAACACUUUGGCUUCUAUGAACUACAGUAGAUGCCAUCCUCCAGGCUGGAAUUAACCCUUACCUGUACUCAGAGUCCAAUGAUGGAAAAGUUGGGGAGACAGACUUCUAAUUGCAUGAACAAAUCCACAAAGUGGCUUUCUUUUGGGGUGGAGAAAGGGUUGUGAACACCAGUACAGUAGAGAGCAAUGGCCUGACCUAUGGUCUCCUUCCCUUUCCCCACUGCCCGAAUCUACUUUCUGUGUGCACCUAUCUUCUUGGUGGCUUUAUUCUCUUUGUGAAAGUGCUAUUGUCCAUUGUUCAAGCUUCAAGUAAGAAAGAAAAAAAGUAAAAAUUACCCAAUACUCUCUACCCCGUGUAACAAUUAUAAGCCCUUUGGUGACUAUCCUUCUAAAUAUUUCUCUGUACCUAUGUUCCUAGAUAGAUAUGUGUAUAGACAAAAGUGAUCAAAUAUUCGUGUUGUUCUAUAUGCUGUAUUUUUUCACCAAAAUGUAUGUUGUGGCUUUGUUUGUCAAUAAAUAGAUAGAUAUGUGUCAGCAUCUA